GGCGCAGAUUUCAAAGAGAUAAGAAAAGUCCACCAAUCUUCUUGAGGCGUUUUUAUUUUACACCAUACGGGGAUAAUACUAGAAAACACCCUGAAUUUGGAGCUAUUUACGCAUUGUCAAUGCCACUGAAAUCGAUCUACCGGUAGGUAGUACGUGAACUCGCGCCGCUUAGUUAAGACGCUUGUCAACCGAACAAAAACAAACGCGCUUUCUUCGCAGGAGAAUAAGUAUUUUGAAGAGUUGUUUCCCCUGUUCGUUUACGGACUCUUAAAUAAUGAUUACAAAUAAAAUACUAUAUCGAUGAUUGGUCCCCCCAUCCAUAAAUAAAUCCAAUACACCUUGGAAAAUGGACAAAUUCCUGGUGCGUCUACCAAACGGGGAAGUACCCAAGGAAACGAAGGGUAAAGAAAAGGUGUAUCGACAAGCAACUAUUGAGUCUCUACGCAGAGUGGUGGUGAUUGAGGACAUUGAAAGGUACAAGUCCAUGCUGGAACUGCCUGGUCAGACCAAGGAGAAUCUGCUACUAGCCCUGGCAGAGCUCAACAAGAAGAUGCCGUCCAAGGAGGUGCUCAAGUCAACCAGAAUAGGCCACACUGUUAACAAGAUGCGGAAGCAUCACCCCGACCCUGAGGUCAGUUCCCUAGCGGCUGAAGUGUACACUGUAUGGAGGCGCUUCAUUGAAGAGCACUCCAACAAGCCCUCCAUAGAAGUACGCUGUGACAAGCAGACUGAGGGACUGAGGAACAACGCCAGGAGAAUGCUGUCUGAAGCUCUGGGAGUGGAGAUAGACAGUGGUCUGGUGGAGAACAUAGAGAGAGAGGUGUUCCACCAGAGUUCUCGGCUGGUCAGUGGAUCCUACAGACGGACUAUCAGGAAGCUGGUCUUCGCCCUCAAACACCAGCCAGAGGUCAGGGGUCAAGUCAAGGAGAGUAAGAUCCCAGUAAACCAGCUGGUGUCCACCCACAAGAAGUAAAUGCACUCUGUUCAGAACCUUCUCUAUGGAAAAUGAAUAUCUAAAAGGGUUAUUUGUGGGUGAAAGGGUUCUACCAUAAAAUCUGUGAUCAAGAUGGGGCGGAUUCUGAGCCUCACUUUGCUCAAAUGGAUCUACUCAAAUAUGUUGGUAGCUAAGCCCAGACCCAUGAGACCUGCUGCAAAGGAAGACUGCGACAUACCAGUUGUUUCUGGACUGGUGCUUUAAAAAAAAAAAAAGCUGGUCUCUAAUCACAAGAAGAAGAAGAAGCUAGCCCCUCAGGCCCAAACGCCUGUGUGGAAACCUGGGACAUUCUGGCAAAUAUUUUUACUGGACUGGUGCCUUUUUCCAAAAUGGUGAAAGACAGUGGAGCACACGGUCAUUAAUCUGGACUGGUGCCUUUUUCCAAAAUGGUGAAAGACAGUGGAGCACACAGUCAUUCAUCUUUUAAUUGAGCUGUUUUGUAUUCAUCUUAGAGUUUCUAUAUUUAAAUAAAUCAAAUGUUGAUCUCU